GCUUGUUGCACAGUCGAAGGGAUUUGCAGCCGCAGAAAAUCCCGUUUUUACACUUUUUCACAAUUAUUUGUGGGAGCGAUUUGUCGUUUACAACAUAGCGUUCACCGAGAAGUUGUAAGAUUUAGGAAUGCCUCGAUUCAAGAAUUUCUUUAUGUCAGGACCUGCUCCAAUCCGUAGAACACUUCAGUAUUUAGAGGGGGGACAAAUUCAGUUGCGCGAUGAAGUACGGAUUGUAUGCAUGUACUGGCGCGAUCGGGAUUUCGCGCACAAAGGAGCCAGAGAAUUUGUGUUUUGGAAUUACCCUCAAUUGCAAUACAAGAAUCCUCAUGUUCAAUUUUUGACGUUUACAAACUACAUGCCAACUCCGGUUAUCCAAGCAUAUCUUGAAAACGGCCAGAAGGUGCUGCUUGAUGUAUUUGACAACACUCGCCAUGAAAUCCAUGAACGUGUACGAAAAACGAUUGGGAAAUCAGAGGAGAUUUUGGCAGCGGAAGCAGUUGCCCGACAAACCAUCGCCAAUCCUGCCAAUUUCGGCAAGGGAUUUCCUCGCCACUGUAUAUGCGAAGUUCCCGGACAGAUUCCAUGUUCUAAUGUUGUACCUUUUCCCAAAGAAAUGCGACGGAAAUUUUAUGAGAAUCCUUAUGACGUCGAUAGCCCGAUGAAGGAAGAAUAGAACCGUCAACAGGAUAAUCAGCUGUACAUGUAUUUGAGUGUUUAUUUUCAGUUUUUCUCGUAUUCAGAUGGACUCCUCACGGUAAAAGUGUAAAAAAUCGUAAGAAAAACAGUCGUUACUCUGAUGUCAUACAGUUUUCUACAAGUAAUCAACGGUGUGCUAUAAAAAUAAAAAUUUCAAUUAUCACAGGUUGUGCACCACUUUUUGCCGAUAAACCUUGGUCAGUUCAUUCAAAUUCUCUGUCAAAAUACUAACUUCAUCUAAUCUACCGGCUUUUCUUGCUUGGUCGACAGUUUUUUUAAUAACUUCGAUUUGCUGUAGUAACGGAUCAUCCUCGGUGUCAAUUUCCGUCGCUUUGACCUGUUCCGGUGCCCAACCGGCGUUCAACCGACUUGACGGCCGGCUGUUCGGUUCAUCGGGCUCAUUAAAUGGAUUGUGAUCAUCCUCACCGUCGUGGUCGCUAUCGAAGGGAUUUUUCGAAUCAAAGGGAUUUUUUGUUUCAAAAGGAUUGGCAUUAACCGGUUUGGGUUUGACUAAUUCUUUAGGGAAUUCUCGACUGUGUCGCCUGGUUUCGAGUUUUCGUUGCUCCUCAGCCGCCUUUUGUGCAGCCAACCGUCGUUUGGUAUCUUCUCUCCGCUGUUGCUGCAGUUGUUCCAACUGCUGUGGAGUCGGAAGGGGAGGAAGCACCAGCACACGUGCUUUCAGAUACUCCACUGCGUUAAUUCUCACGUUAUUCCUCAGUUUUUCUUCCUUCGGAUGGCUCGCGGGGGGAAGAGCAGCAAUCUUUUUACUGAAAAGAAUGGGUAUACAAUUUUCGUUUUACAAUGAAAUGCAAUUUUUUACAAUGGAAAGCAAUUUUUUACUGAAGCCAAAAGAUGACAAUUUUAACAUAAUAUACAGAUACCGAGCAUCAGCAAAUAUAAUAUGUUACGAACCUUACGACAUCAAUGGUGUCGAAAUAUGUCUGCAGCUGUUGUCUCAUUUCCGCAGCCUGAUGCAAACUGUAGUUUGUUUCUCCGGCUCUAA